UGGGCAACGUGACGCGGAAUCCAGGGGACGGCCCCGACAACAGACCACAACGGCUAAAAGUUGUCGUUACGAAUGGCUUGAAAACAAGUAAAGUACAGCCCGGUAAUGAAUCCUACAACAAAUUAAAUUAGUUAUCACUUCACUAAGCUGUGCUGCGGGGGUGAUGCCGGGCGGUAACAGAGUUGGAGCCGUCUGUGCGGAUGAAUUUGUCGCUGCCAUCGUCAAACUCCACAGUAAACAUGGAGAGAGGAGGGGCGGCGGUGUGUGGGAGGUGCUCGGGGCGGUGCUGACCCUGCUGUCCGCGGCCUUCAUCCUGCUCACCUUCCCCCUCACAGGCUGGAUGUGUGCCAAGGUCAUCCAGGAGUAUGAGAGGGCCGUUAUCUUCAGACUGGGCCGUGUCGUUAAAGGACGAGCUAAAGGACCUGGUCUGUUCUGGUUCAUCCCCUGGCUGGACGUCAUCCAGACUGUGGACCUGCGGACUGUUUGCUUUAACAUCCGGCCACAAGAGGUUCUGACUGCCGACUGGGUGCCGUUAAAGGUGGAUGCUGUUGUGUUUUACCGGGUGGUGGACCCCUCCCUGUGGGUCACCCGUGUUAAAAAUGGCUACCAGGCUACACACACACUUGCCCAGACGACCCUGAGAGCCACACUGGGCGCACACACCCUGACGGACGUACUGACACAGAGGACGGGCAUCGCUAAGAGAAUGGAGGAGGCGCUUUACACUGCGUCCAGACUAUGGGGUGUUCUGGUGGAGCGGGUGGAGUUAAAAGACCUGACGCUCCCCGUCAGUCUGCGGCGCUGCAUGGCUUCAGAGGCCGAGGCUGCCAGGAGGGCCAGAGCUAAAAUGAUCGCGGCUGAAGGAGAGGUGAAGGCGUCUCGUGCUCUACAGGAGGCAGCGUCAGGACUUUCCCCUGUGGCUUUUCACCUCAGAUACCUGCAGUCGUUGUCCUCCGUCCAGAGCACUGCAUCCAUCGUGGUCUUCUCCCUCCCGACAGAGCUCCUCGACAUGUUCCUCUCCCAUCAGCCUUAACUAGCCACAAGAUACAGGAGAACAUGCAGCAGGAUAUCAAGCCGAUGAGAACAACAGUAAACUAGCCUGUCAAACGUGUCUUCAACCAGAUGUUUGUCAUGUUUCAGUUGUCUGUUAAUAUGUGAUUGUAAUUGUACAUUAAUUAUUCUUUUAAUAAAAAUUGAUUUUUAUAUCUA